CAGACUAUACGACGGGCUCGGAUACAUCGGAAUGGACUCGGAAACGCUAGAACCGACGCUGCAGAACGUGCUCGACCAGAAGACGUUGAAGUGGAUAUUUUGCGGAGGGAAGGGCGGUGUAGGCAAGACGACCACCUCGUGUUCGCUUGCGAUCCAGCUAGCGCAAUGUCGGGAAUCCGUACUUCUCAUUUCAACGGACCCAGCACACAAUCUCUCCGACGCAUUCGGCCAAAAGUUCUCCAAGGACGCGACUAAAGUGAAUGGCUUUGAUAACUUGUAUGCAAUGGAGAUCGACCCGUCCAGCGCGAUCCAGGAGAUGGUGGAGCAAUCGGACAAUAACGGGAUGAUGGGAAGUAUGAUGCAGGACCUCGCUUUUGCCAUACCGGGUGUGGACGAGGCGAUGAGUUUUGCGGAAAUCAUGAAGCAUGUGAAGUCAAUGGAAUACUCCGUCAUAGUAUUCGACACCGCGCCGACGGGACACACCCUUCGCUUCCUCUCCUUCCCCACCGUGCUCGAGAAGGCACUCGGCAAGCUGAGCACGCUCAGCGGGCGGAUAGGGCCCAUGCUUAAUCAGAUGUCAAGUCUGAUGGGAGGUGGGGCGAACUCGACGGAGGACAUGUUCUCGAAGCUCGAGAGUAUGCGCGCGGUGAUCACGGAGGUGAACACCCAGUUCAAGGACCCGGAAAAAACUACGUUCGUAUGCGUGUGCAUAUCCGAAUUCCUCUCGCUGUACGAGACGGAGCGGCUCGUACAGGAGCUCACCGCAUAUGAGAUCGACACACAUAAUAUUGUCGUGAACCAGCUUCUGUUCCCUAAGAAGAGCUCCAACUGCGAGCACUGUCGCGUGCGGCACAAGAUGCAGCAAAAGUACCUCAACGAGGCACACGAGCUGUACGACGAGUUCUUCCAUAUCGUGCAGCUGCCGCUGCUCACGGAGGAGGUGCGCGGUCCGGAGAAGCUAAAGGAGUUCAGUAAGAUGCUUGUGGAGCCAUACCAACCGGAUCUGGACGAUUAGCUAUAGGAUCUGCGGUAUUACUAGUAGUAGGAGCCCUACUUAGGGAGGUGUGCAUUUGCUACUGUAGUGCUUUUGUUUUUUUGGCGGUCCGUAUGGAUACUGGGGGUUAGCUAGUACCUCGCACCUCCUCUUAGUUCUCUAGAUCGUCGACGCGCGGGAAGGGUAUACUGCUACCAAUAGGUCCAAAAAGAAGAGCU